UCGGCCUCUGAACUGGACAUGUGCUGCAUUUGACUGAGGUCCGUCCCACAAAUUGGAAAUGCUGCAACCAAGGUCUUCCUAUAAAAAGUGACAAAACUCGUCGCCCUGUUCCGGAACGACCGUCUAGGGCUUCUUCUGCUCUCCGUCUCUCUCUCUCUCGUCCACGAUGGGACGAGUAGUUCUGAAGAUGCUGAGUUUCUGACAUGUGUUUUGAAGAUACUUAUGUAUGCUUCUGCUUGUCUGCAGAGAUGAGCUUCCAUUCUACAUGCCAUUUUUUGGCACUCUAUGAAGUCAUGCCUGCAGAGAUAAGUUUUUGGCCCAGAUGCCAUUGUUCAAGAAUUUCAGCUCUUUUUAAACAGUUCUCUUGCGCAUCUAGAGGUCCAAUUCAAUUGGCUAGUAGAUGUAGCUUUGUACAAAGUAAUAAGCCGAGGAAUUACUCAGUAGAAAGUCAGCAAAGUGCAGAUUCCAGUGUAAAUGGAAUAUGUCGGAUUUUGGAGAAUAACAUCUGGAAUGGUGAAAUGGAGGAUGCCCUUUCUGCAAUUGAUCACAAAUCUCAGCCAGGAUAUAUUGUUGCUGUGCUCAGGAGGCAGAAGGAUGCACAUCUGGCUCUACGUUAUUUUCGGUGGACAGAGCAGAAGAUUGGUCAGUCGCAUCCACCUGAAGCAUAUAAUUCACUUCUCGUGAUUAUGGCUAAAAGUAGGAAUUACAAUGAUUUAGAACAUAUUCUGGAAGAAAUGAGCCUUGCUGGAUAUGGACCGGCUAAUAAUGUAUGUAUAGAAUUGGUUACAAAUAUGAUAAAAUCUAGUCAACUUGCAAAUGCUGUCAAUUUGAUAAAUACCAUGCGUAGAUUAAAGUUCCGCCCUCCCUUUUCGGCAUACACUACAUUAAUUGGUGCUCUUUCUGAUGCUCGUGAGCCUGAUCUUGCACUGGGUAUGUUCCAUCAGAUGCAAGAGAUAGGCUAUGAAGUUGGUAUCCAUUUGUUUACUAACAUGGUUCGUAUAUUUGCAAAGGAAGGCAGACUGGAUGCUGCUCUUUCUUUGUUGGAUGAAAUGAAGAGCAAUAAUUUUGAUGCAGAUGUAGUUCUGUAUAAUGUUUGUAUUGAUUGCUUUGGUAAGGUUGGAAAAGUUGAUAUGGCAUGGAAAUUCUUUCAUGAGAUGAAAGCCCAAGAUCUCAUGCCUGAUGAUGUGACAUACUCGAGCAUGAUUGGUGUCCUCUGCAAGGCACAACGACUUGAUGAGGCUGUUGACUUAUUUGAGCAAAUGGAACUCAAUAGGAAAGUACCAUGUGCAUAUGCAUACACCACCAUGAUUAUGGGUUAUGGUUCUGCUGGCAGGUUUGAGGAUGCUUACAGAUUACUUGAGAGGCAGAGAGAGAAAGGAUGCAUACCUAAUGUUAUUGCAUACAAUUCUAUUCUUACAUGCCUAGGGAAAAUGGGUAAGGUUGAAGAGGCUUGUAAGCUUUUUGAGGAUAUGAAGAAGGAUGCAGAACCUAAUAUUUCAACGUAUAACAUUCUUAUGGAGAUGUUAUGCAGGACAGGAAAAAUGAUGAUGGUAGACAAAGUUAAGGAUAUGAUGGAAGCAGCAGGUUUAUUCCCAAAUACAAGGACCAUAAAUAUCAUGAUUGAUAGGUUGUGCAAAGCACAAAAGCUUGAUGAAGCUUUGGGAAUCUUCAAUAACAUGGAGAAAAUGGGGUGUAUGCCCAACUCAGUGACAUUUUGCUCUCUUAUAGAUGGUUUGGGAAGAAACAGCCGUGUAGAUGAAUCAUAUAGACUGUUUGAGAGGAUGCUGGAUGCAGAUCUGGAACCAAAUGUUGUGGUCUAUACAUCACUCAUUAGAAGCUUCUUCAAAUGUGGCAGAAAGGAUGACGGGCAUAAGAUUUUUAAGGAAAUGGCAAGAAGAGGUUGUGCCGCAGAUUUAACACUUUAUAAUACUUAUAUGGAUUGUGUUUUUAAGUCUGGUGAAACUGAAAAAGGACGCUCUAUUUUUGAAGAAAUAAAAGCAAAGGGGUUUGUUCCUGAUGCAAGGAGCUACUCUAUACUCAUUCAUGGUCUUAUAAAAGCUGGCCAUGCAAGAGAAACUUAUGAGUUGUUUUAUGCCAUGAAAGAACAGGGAUGUGUUUUAGAUACCCUAGCUUAUAACACUGCAAUAGAUGGUUUCUGCAAAUCUGGGAAGGUAAACAAGGCUUACCAGCUUCUUGAAGAGAUGAAGUCUAAUGGACACACACCCACAAUGGUUACAUAUGGAUCUGUUAUUGAUGGUCUGGCCAAGAUUGAUAGGCUUGAUGAAGCAUACAUGCUUUUUGAAGAAGCCAAGGCAAAAGGAGUGCCGUUGAAUGUUAUUGUUUAUAGUAGCCUGGUAGAUGGAUUCGGAAAGGUUGGAAGGAUAGAUGAAGCAUAUCUGAUCAUGGAAGAAAUGAUGCAGAAGGAUCUGGUUCCAAAUGUUUAUACAUGGAACUGCCUUCUUGAUGCAUUAGUAAAGGCAGAAGAAAUCAAUGAAGCACUUGUUUGUUUUCAGUCCAUGAAGGACUUGAAAUGUAGUCCCAAUGUCCACACUUACAGCAUUCUAAUAAAUGGACUCUGUCGGGUCCGGAAAUUCAAUAAAGCAUUUGUCUUUUGGCAAGAGAUGCAAAAGGAAGGCCAUUCUCCGGGCCUAAUUACCUAUACAACAAUGAUUUCUGGUCUUGCAAGGGCAGGAAAUGUAGUAGCAGCUAAUGAGUUGUUCCAGAGAUUCAAGGCAAAAGGUGGAAUACCUGAUGCUGCCUGUUACAAUGCUUUAAUAACUGGCUUAAGUAAUGCAGACAGAGCAAUGGAUGCAUACCGAGUAUUUGAAGAAAUGCGACAGAAAGGAUGUACUGCAAGCAUAAAGAGUUGUGUCAUUCUUUUAGAUGCUCUGCAUAAGGCUGACAACCUGGAACAAGCAGCCAUUGUGGGAGCUGUCUUAAAGGAGACGGCAAAAUCUCAGCAUGCUGCGAAAUCCUUAUAAAUAUAAUAAAAUUGGUUGAGAUUGGGGGUACAAUACACUGUUCAGCCUAACUGAGUAUUCUCUUGGAACAUCUGACAUGCAAUCGGGUGUUUGUCUAUUAUUCUUUUUGCUUCAGAGUACAACAUCUGAUAUUACAUAAUCCACAGCUACUAGUAGUCCAACUUUCUGGCAAGUAUAUUUGUUGUGUUUUUUACAUUUAUUAAGAAAAUCAUAGUCGUUUUUAUGUGAUGGUUCUCUUGUUCUUUGAAAUUCAUUUGCAACAAAGCCUAAUGGAUAGCAUAGGGCUUGAUACUUGAUAGAUCUGUUUGAUGAGAUUUUCAUUGUUGUUUUGGUUAAGGGUCAUGAGAAAAUGGAUAUGUAUAUGCCUGUCCUUGAUCAUCAUGUACUUUGUGACUAGCCUUCAUACAGCGAAGUGGGGCAGGAUGUACUUUAAAGCUUGUAUGGCCCAUUUUUCCUUUCCCACUUCACAUAAAGGAGGGGGAAAAAUUAUAGUAUUCUUGUAUGGCUUCAAGCUCGAUUUCUCUGGCCCUUAACUAUUAGAAAGAAAUGGAAUAAUACUCUUCAUUUGGUUUUGAUGUUGAUAGUUUUUUAAUUGCCCCUUCUUGCAUCUUAUCUUGUAUGAAGCCUUAUUGGACUAUUGGUAAAUCUUCUUGUCUUUCAGAAGGUUUUACUCUCUCCUUUGUUGCAAGUAAUUUCAUCUGUUUUGUCUAUUAAUGAUUAUUCACCAAAUAACUAUUUAUUCAGAUAAUAUGCAUUCAACCUUUGGAUUGAGAUAGAUACGAGCACCAGAAAUCAGAAACCAAAAGAGUAACUCCGCAUGUUGAAUUACAAAAGGGUGAUUUUCAGAAGCUGAGGCACAUGUUGCUGGGGCACAUAAAACAAUUUCAAACAGAUGGCCCUAAAAAAUUUCCUGAGUACAAUGAUUUUGUGGCAAAAAUUCAGAAUGUUAUGCAUUUUUACUACCCUUUUGAUAACCUUUUUGUGUGUCUCGUUAAAUUGUAUAGGACUAUCAAGUAUCAACAAGUUGCUGGAGAUUGGGCUUUUGCAGUUACUAUUUUGGAUUCAUUUUUGUCAGUAUAAUCGACAUUGCACAUCAAACGUUAUAGCAAGCCAGAAAGUAACUUCAUGUCUUCAUCACCAGGACUGAAACUGAUCUGCAUGGACUAUAGGGAGCAAGAUGUCCAGCCUUUAUGUGACUAUAGGGAGCAAGAUGGACCUUUAUGUGCUGCAGCCUUUCCACCGUGGGAAGAUCUGGGAGAGGUGUUCUUAAUAGUAUAAAACAGAAUAGUGUAAGGAGUCUAAAAUGCCUUUAAGAGGACUGUGGGAUCUCAGAUACAUAAGUCAUCAAAGAAGCUAGCCCUGGUGAAGUAGUGUAGAUCAUCACAGAUAAUGCUGCUAUCUGCAAUUUUGGGUUGUGGACACAGAAGAAUUCAAUUUUGAAGUGGAAUGUAACCUACGUACUGCUAACAUGGGUUUAGCUGAUCUUAUGAUUUGUUCUUCUGAUGUUUGCUGAUGACUCUGAGAGCAUGGAAGAUAGUCAAAAUAUCGAUGAGACAACAAAAGAAUCAUCAAUAUGAUUAUGAUGAAGAGGAUACAGCGACAAUCCUGACGGCCUUCAUUUGUUGGUCAACUUGGUUGUUUGUACAGUAUUCAGUCCUUAUGGCUGCUAACAUGCAAACUCAUGCAAUUUUGAAUCCAACAUGAGUCCCUGUGUAAUCAGCAAUAGUCUCUAACUUUCCACAGUAAAGUACUGGGGAUGGAAAUUCAAAAAAAGGAGCAUUUUGCUGAUAGCAAGUUCGAAGAGGAAACUUUAUUUAGGUGUUGUGAUUGAAUUGCCGAUAUCUUAAUGCUUUCUGUGUUCCACCUAUUAUUCCAUUCCAAAGGAAUCCUCAAUCGCUGUUGUGACUUCAUAAAUCCCACUAUAAGUUUGCGGGGAAUGGUCCUAUGGUACUUCAAGGUCGCCUUCAUGUUGAAGUAUCAAAUCCAGAGCCGCACAAGCUCAUACAGCCGGGGCAUCCUUAUUCAAUUAGCAUUCUGGGACGUUCAUCACUGAGAUUGGUAUUUGGCAACUGAUAUUGGUGUGUAGCAGUUUAUUUAGAAAAUGCUGCAAUCUGAAAUGUAAUUGGUUCUGUCUGUGUUGGUGAUCUAUACGUUACAGAAGAUCAAUAUAGAUCUCAAAAUAAUGCCAUUAUGUCCACUAAUAUGGUUGGUUGGAUAAAUGAACCAGGUUUCUGGGAUUUGAUUCUA